ACUCAGACCUCGCAAUCGUCUACGAUUCAUUGCGUAAGCGCAGAUGGCGCUUCGAAUGUAAACAACAGAGUCCAUUGUGUGUCAAAGGUGACCGUUAAUACAUCAACGCAAUACAUGCAUGCUACGUACCGUACUACUACUAGUGCUAGUGCCGUACAGUGCGAAAGAUAGAGGGUGAAUCCGUGGAUCUGGAUGGGCCGGGCCGAGCUAUAGCGCCUGAGAGCUCAUUCAGCUCAGCUAACUGUUCCCGUCGCGUCGCCAUCCUCAUUCCGAAUUUCCGUGUAGGCUAGAUGCUUGUGAAUGUCGUAUCGAUGUCGUGUGCUCGUUUCUUUGAAUGAAGCUCUUUUGAACCAAUUUGUUAUUUGAAUCAUCCACUUAAACACAGCAGUUAGAAAAGAAAAAAUAGUUGCUCGCUCAGCUCAGACUCGGAGGAAGGUGCAUCUUGAAGUUGAAAGUCCAAAGCAAAAUCCUUGACAUUAAGAGACAGAACCUUCAACCUCCUUGAUUUGUGUUAUUUUGGUUUAAUUAUUGAGUCUAACAAUGUUAAUUGUUAGAAUUAAAGUCCGUGCAGAAAGUGAUCGCAGCUUGACUGAGUUUUUGUUCUUUUUAUGAAAUCUCGUGUCUCGCAACCUUGUCCUUGACUGUUCCAGCCCAGAUCACUGACAUGAUGAAUGUGCUAGCGCGUAUAGCGUAACUUGGACUGGAGGAAUUCACACGGCAUUAAUACGGUACUCUGUUAAAAUGGAAGUGGAACAACAGUGGGAUGCAAGGGAACAGAUCUUUCAUGAUGCCGUUAGAGAAUAUUUGAUUGACUUUUUGUUUUUUACUAUAUUGUACCUGUCAUCAUAUGCAGUAAUAUGUCGAUACAAGAGACGAACGGACAGAGAGGAUUUGUACUCGGCUGAUGCGGAGGAUGCAAUGGUAUACAGCAUUGCAUUAUGGCUUUGUACCUUCACAAUGGCUGUAUCAGUAGGGGCUGUUCUACUACUUCCCCUCUCUAUCAUCAGUAAUGAGGUUCUUCUCUGGUAUCCUAAGAGUUUCUACAUCCAAUGGCUCAAUGGUUCCCUUAUUCAUGGUCUCUGGAACUUGAUUUUCCUGUUUUCCAACUUGUGUCUUUUCGUGCUUCUGCCAUUUGCAUACUUUUUCACGGAAUCUGAGGGAUUUCCGGGCUCUAAAAAGGGCAUCAGAGGUCGAGUAUAUGAGACAUUCAUGGUGUUACUAAUGCUGAGUAUCCUAGUCUUUGGUCUUGUAUGGGUGUUUAGUGCAUUAUUGGAUGAUACAGACUCCAGCAGGGAAACAUUACAAAGAGUUUCAACAUCAUAUGUCCCGUAUUUGUAUUCAUGUAUGGCUCUGUUGGGAGUUCUAAUGUUACUCAUUUCAACACCGUUGGGAUUUGCACGAUUAUUCUCUGUGAUCGGUAAACUGGUUGUGAAACCACAAUUUAUGGAAAACAUCGACGAAGAGUUCCACACAGCAAAGUUUGAGGAAGAAGACAUUUUAAGAAAAAUAGAAGUGGACCAAGAUUUAGCAAACGGUCAUCUCUCACAGCUACGAGAGCGUCUUUCGGAUGUCACACAUGAGCGGAAGAUCCUGGAGCGAAGACGUAGAGCAUCUUCUUUCCAGCGCAUUGUUGGAUAUCCUCUGGUUUGGAUCUUGUUAUUCCUACUCACUGUACUCUCUUUGUGCAUGGUAGGAUGGAAUAUUGUAAGAUUAUUGUUUGGGAUUGGAGCCUUGCCUGUCAACAUCACGGAGGCCGGUCUUGGGAAAGUGUCUUUGUCAAAGUUUGGUGCUUUAGGAGCACUGCUUGAAGUCUGUCUUAUUUUUUAUCUAAUGCUUGCCUCUAUGGUAGGUCUCUAUGGUAUUCCCGUCUUCAAAACACUUGUUCCUAAGAGGAGAGAUACACCCAUGACUAAGCUUAUUGCAAACUGCCUUGUAGUACUCAUCUUGAGCUCAGCUCUGCCAGUCUUAUCAAAAAUGCUUGGUAUAACAAAUUUUGACCUCCUCGGAGAGUACGGAAGAUUAAACUCACUCCACAAUUUUUACAUGGUGUUGGCCUACAAUGCAACGUUUGGCGUGGCGACUUCGUCUUGCCUCGUUAACAAGUUCACUGCGUCAGUACGGAAUUACAUUGUAAACAACGUGCGAGUGUAUGUCCACAAGAUGCGCAGGACCACAAAACUGCGGCCGGCGUGGAAAGCGGUCAAUGUCGUCGCGACGGCAAAUGGGACUGCAACAGGAAGCAAGAAUGACUGAAUGGAAACCAAGAUACAGUAUCUAUCUUCUGCACAGUUUUUUUCUUUAUGGCACUUUUCAGGAUGUAAAAUGUCUUUACCAGUGGAGGUUCUAGAUCUUGAUAACCGCAUGUAGGUAUGCUAUUAGCUACCUGAAGAGACUAUGCUUUAGGAGGAAUCACUAAUCGACCUGCAUGUUGGACAAAGCGAUGUUUACACAUAGGCUGAAAGCAGAUAACAGACUGUCACAUCAAUUGCUGCAUUGUUCGUGUUUCUUGGUUUUUAUUGUGUUGUUUUCCUUAAUGUGUGUGAUUUUGAUGAAAAUUGUGAUCAUUAUUGUUGCCAAAGUAUGUCUUUAUCAAUUUCUUUUCAUUAGAAUAGGUGUUGGGGAUUGUAUUUCUAUUUGAUACAGGUCAUAUUAACAAAAUUGUUGCAAGUCAAAUAGCAGUGAUCUAUCUAUCAGAAACCAAAUGCAAGGCUACAUCUUGAAUUCUUAAAUACUUAAAUAAGUAUAAGAAUGUAGGAAUUGGUGAAUUGACCAAUUAAACAUGAGACUAGAAGCUCAUUCUGAACAUACAUAUGAUAUAGUUACCAUAACAUAAUGACAUAUAUGUUAAUAGCUGGUUUCCAGUGGUAACACCACACUGACCACAGCUUUAAACAAAGAGUCAAAUUCAUAUCAUUUUGAAUUGGGACCAAUGUUGAUGCAACUUUGUGUGAGAUUCCUUUUUUUUUAGAUGAAAUCGAACUAGAUACAUGUAAGUUCUAAUAUGGAAAUAUAAAUUUCAAUAAAGAAUAUUUAUUCUAUUAAUGUAAUAAAAAUAACGUUACAAUUGUGUUUUUAUUGACCCAAAGUCACCAAAAAACAAAAAUUAACUCAUAUUAUUUAAAGAUAAAAUAAUCAACCCAAGGUUCAAACACAUGAUGUGACAUAAUUUUAACCUAUUGGCUAAAUGUAACACAUGCAUGUUAAAACUUUGCCACUCACACAGUUUGGUAAAUACCAUAUUAUUUACACACUUAUGAACAUAACACACCUUUGUGCAAUGCAUGUUUCAACUCCUAAGAGUUAAAUUUAGCCAAUGGGUUAAAAUUAAGCGACUUUGGCACUAUCAGUCCAUUAUUGUUCAACAAAAACUUUAAAUGGCUACAAUGUGUUUAUUUCCAGAGAACCGUCAUCUUAUGUUCAUUUACACCCAGUGUUUGAUAAGUUUUAAUCACCCAAAUUUUUUUUGUGUUCAUUUAAAAUAGUAUUAAAUGUUAUACACUCUCCUAUAGAUAAAAUAGACAAUCGUUAUGAUCAACAAAAUACUGAAUGAUAAUUAGACUGGCUAAAUACCAGUCCCAUCUUGCCAUUAUCAAUUAUGAUAAAUAUUGUAUUAUUAUGUGUUGUGUGAAAGUGUAUAAAGAUGAAAAUGAAUUUGACAAGGUUUUGUUUUCUAAUGUUAAUUUGAUAUUUUGUAGUGCAGGUAAAGCAUUUUGUAGUACAGCACUUGUACCAUGUACAAUGAAGUUUAAGGAGAGUACACAUUGGACCAAUGGGAUGUAUUUCAUUGCGUUUCGAAACUUCACAAUACAGCUGUUUUUAUACAUGCAUUUAUGUGUAUAACAAUAUCACAAGUAAUAUUUUUGUACCUUGGUUUUUGCUAAUUUUAGAAUAUAUAAUCACCUCUGUUUACGAAAAGCCAUAUGCUGCUAGUAUAUCAACACUGCUCAACAUGUAUAUGAGUGAUUUUCAUAUUUUCUUUUGUCGAUAAGUAUUCAUAUAUACUACUUGACGUGUUCUAUCUCUUUUCUUUUGAAUAUUUUAAUGGAAUAUUGGAAAUCCACUUACAUGUAUGUUCAUUGGUAGAUCCAGCUGGGUUAGGAACAAUACCAUUUCACUCGCCAUAUUGUUUGUGCACAGUGAAAUUUAUUAUGUCUUAUCCAGCUGAAUCCGCUCCUGAUAUUGCAUUUUCUAAAAGUUGUUGUGUAGUUAUUUAACGGUAUUGAUAGUGCAUUUCUAAAUCUUUCAGACAUUUUGGUCAUUGCAAAAUAUCCUUGUGCAUUCCACCAUUUAUGCAAAUACCAACUUUUUUGUAAGAAAUCAGAGUGAACUGAUGACUAUAAGUUUCCAGUGCUUUGUUUUGCAUGGCAGAAUGGCUUUGAGGAAGGGGGUUUCAUCUAUGGUUCAGUUAUUGUUGAUAAAAGCAUAUUAUGAGUUAGAUAUUAGAACAGGGGUGUCUGAGCAUAACUUCAACUAAAAUAAUCAAACUCGAUGAUUCAACUGCAAAGUCAUAUUUUUUAAAAGAACAAUUGAGAUAUUUUUUUAUAUAAUGAAGUUUUGUUCUGAACAACAAAUUUGAAAGAGCAAUUUCUGUUGAACCCUGAGAAAAACUAAAUAUGUCAGUCUGUUCUUCAAGAACAAAAUUUAGGUUAUGUGUAUAACUCCAUUGCCAUCUUGAGGCAUGGCCACCAUCAUCCUUUAAUUCUUUCCAGACUAUGAAAUGUAAUCAACCUUCUAAACAACUCUAAUUGAAUGGGAAUGAUUGGAAAACAAAACCACUGCCAUCUCCAUUUUCUCCCUUUUAAUUCAUUGUGGAAGAAGUAAAUCCUCCAAUAAAUCUCAAAAUGUUUUUUUUUUUAAAUUUCUAUAUCAUUUUAGAUUCUCUCUUUAGUCUUGGCCGAGUAACUCUUCUAAAUGAAAGACAAUAUUGGACCAUCAUUUGAAUACUCCUGGAUAUUUUGUUGUUAUUUGCUGUUUCACUUACUGUCCAACCAUGAGGCAAACUCUGCAUGCACCAUUCCAUAAGAAGAAAUGCUAUCACCUUGAUGUUGGUUAUUUCUACCUUUUGAAUUUUGCGAGAGUACAUUUUAUCAAGAUAAUAUAUCAGGUAUAAAUCAAACACAAUGGGAUUAUUUACUGUUUUUCUGUGUUUAAUCGUCCAUCCAAUAAGCUUUGUGGUUUUCGAACAUAUUACGUUGAUACUCUUAUCAUCCUUGCAUUGAAAUGUUUGUUGGAUAAUUUGCCAAUACAUAUUAAGGAAAAUCUUAUAUUGUGUGAACCUGCCCAUUACAGAAAGGGGCCAAAUCAAGUAUCUGAUCACUCUGGAUGCAAUACUAGUACUCUGAUUCAGAAGACCUAGAGCUAAUGUUUGGUGUAUGUAUGAAGACCAUGUCUUGAUGGUGCGAGCUACAAUGUAGCUACAUCACGAAACCGAUAGACCAGACAGGUUUUUUUUUUGUCAUAUUCUACAUUUAUAUAUGUAUUUUGUCCAGUAACUUCAGCACUUUUCCAUUGUAUAGGGCCUCAAAACAGCAAAUACAGUGACUGAUAUCCUAUAAAUUUACAUCCUUCUCAGUAUUAUUUCUUAUUUAAAUGUUGUGCUUCGGAUGAUGAAUGUUUGAAGUAAGAAUUUGUUGAAUUUUUCAUUUUGUUACAAUUAUCAAGAUUGAAAAGCCUUACAUGUAAAUAGUGGUUCAUCUUUAAUGAAUCUUGAGUUUGGUGUCUGAAAUAUUUGUAGUUAAGAGUCAUUUUGGGCUCAUGCUUUUCUUGUAGUUUUUCUUUUGAAAUUAUAUGUGUAGAUGCUGCUGUUCAAACAUUCAAACAUAUGGAUGUAAUUUGAUUAUACAACUCAUUUUGACAACAACAAAAAAGAUUGUUUGACAAAUCACACACCCUCUCUCUCCCUUGAUUGAAUUCAUUUUGGAGGAGGGUCUGUGGGUAUUGAUGGAUCAUAUUAGGGUAACUUAAAAUAUAUUUAUUGUUUUACAGUGAACAAGAGAGAGGGAAUAUACUGAUAAAAAUGAUU